AUGGACAACAAGAGUUAUUAUGGAUCUUCGAGAUUUGUGUUUUCCCUAAAAUCGGAAUUGCACGAAAUUAAAACGAAGCAUAUGUCGGUAGUUGGACAAAGUGAUAAAGAGAAUAGUGGAAAUAUCAAUCAUGCUCUUAAUGUAGGCGAUAGUAUUGUACCGCGUACUAAUGAGGCCACGAAAACUACGAAAAUCAACUCGGCGACAAUCAAAACGCGACGAGUUAAGAAACCUAAAUUGAAAUCGGUGGAUCUAGAGACCGUAGAAGUAAAAAGUAUCAAGCACAUAGAAUUUUUAGAAGCUGAUAUCAUAGCUAUUUCGGAAACUGGAAGUAACGACUCGUUAAUGGACGGCGAAAUUAUACCGAUAGGGUACCAAAUUAUUCGGUGCGACCGUACUGACGGACGUGAACAAGGCGGUGCAUUUCUAGUGGCCGCGCGAGCGAGGCUCGACGGUGACGAAGCGGUGAGGGCGAGCGGUGGCGGUAGUGCUGGCGUUCAAGUACCCCAACUGUCGCUGGCGCAUGUAAAAGUUGCACUCGCUCGGCUGAAGCCAAAAAGCUUCAACCAGAUGGAAUUCCGCCUUUCUUGUUACGCGACUGCAGACAUGGCAAAUGACAGACCGUUAGCUGCGCAUGAAAUUUUAGAUGCUUUAGAAAUUGUUUCUGAUAAUGAGGAAGAUUAUAGAGAACGACUGAUAUGUAUUCUACCUCCUCCUGUUGAUCCUGACUGUCUCACUGACGAAGAUUCGAAUGAAGAAGAUAAUGUAACUUUGAAUAAUUUGCCACGAAACAUUCUGCUUCAACCGGCUGAAGUAAUGAUUCAAGGGCAGAUUAUGGUGAGUGAUACAAAAGAAGAACCUUCUGAUUCUACAGGUCGAACUAAACGUAGGCGUACCUACGCAUGGAGAAGAGAAACAUUGUCAUAG